CAUUGGUUGUGAGAGAAGUGGGCGGGUCACAGAGGAGCCUGAGGAAGAGGGCGGCGGUGGUGGAGACUGAGCGGAGCCGGGUGACAGGAUGUUGGUGCUGGUAUUAGGAGACCUGCACAUCCCACAUCGGUGCAACAGCUUGCCGGCUAAAUUCAAGAAGCUUCUGGUGCCAGGAAAGAUUCAGCACAUUCUCUGCACUGGAAACCUUUGCACCAAAGAGAGUUAUGACUAUCUCAAGACCCUGGCUGGUGAUGUUCAUAUUGUGAGAGGAGACUUCGAUGAGAAUCUGAAUUACCCAGAACAAAAAGUCGUGACAGUUGGUCAGUUCAAAAUUGGUCUUAUCCACGGACAUCAAGUUAUUCCAUGGGGAGAUAUGGCCAGCUUAGCCCUACUGCAGAGGCAGUUUGAUGUGGACAUUCUUAUCUCAGGACACACACACAAAUUUGAAGCAUUUGAGCAUGAAAAUAAAUUCUACAUUAACCCAGGUUCUGCCACAGGGGCAUAUAAUGCCUUGGAAACAAAUAUUAUUCUGUCAUUUGUGUUGAUGGAUAUCCAAGCUUCUACAGUGGUCACUUACGUCUAUCAGCUAAUUGGAGAUGAUGUGAAAGUAGAACGAAUUGAAUACAAAAAAUCUUAAAGCCAGGCCUGUCUUGAUGAUUUUGUUUGUUUUUCAUUCCCUUGUUCAAUUAAUCUUUAAGAGCUACA